UUAAAAGGAGAGUAAAUUAUUGUAGAUAUGAUAUAAGCAGACUGGCUUCCAGAGUGAUUACAAAAAAAAAUUAGUAUUUAUAUGUGAGUAUAUGCAUGGUUUUGUGUGCCUCUGUUUAUAUGUGUUUACAAGUCAUCUUACAAUAUCACCUUACAGUGAAGCUUGACUCAGGGGAUGAGGUGACUUUCCUGGACACCCCAGGUCAUGCAGCUUUCAGGGCAAUGAGGGCUCGAGGAGCCAACGUCACAGACAUGGUAGUCCUGGUUGUUGCAGCUGAUGAUGGGGUGAUGGAGCAAACUAAGGAGAGCAUACAGUUUGCUCAUAAUGCAAAAGUUCCAAUUAUAGUGGCCAUCAACAAAAUGGACAAAGCAGGUGCUGACCUUUCGCAGGCAAAAACGCGAUCUACUUGAAUGGGGCUGCAGCUAGAGGAGGACGGAGGAGAUGUGCAAGCUGUCCCGAUAUCUGCUCUAAAGGGCCAGAACCUUGACCUGUUAGUGGAAGCUCUGGCAACACAGGCUGAAUUACUCAAUCUACGAGCUGAUCCUUUAGGCUUUGUUGAGGCAGUUGUGGUGGAGUCCAGGACAGAUCCAGGGAGAGGGAAGGUUGCUACUGUAUCAUCCAACGAGGUACC